CCUUGAUUAUGCGGUCUAAGUAGCGACUUGGUAUUUUUUUGUUCAUCUAACCAAACAAUAUUUCGACGUCUCAGUUACUCUGCUCCAGCACUGCUUGUCUGCUAUACACUUUCAUCUUAGCCAUCAUAAAUUGCGGCCCUUUCAAAAAAAUUGAGGUUUCAGUUCUUUCUCGAUAGAAGUAAGAGAUUUAAGCAUGCACCUGGUGCCAGUAUAAGCUUAUGGAUCAUCAUUCUGAUCAACCGCUUCCUCCUGGAGUCCAACGUGUUUCAUUUUCUUCACACCUCCUGCCAGAAACUGCACAUUCAACUCCACCUGUUCUGAAUAAUGAUAAUAUUAAAAACCCUUCUCACUCUCAUGAGGGAAGUCUUUUUCCUAUCACUCCUAAUGGAAUUGGGUUUUCACCUCCUGAAAGCUUGAAACCACAUUCCACAAGUUCAUGUCAAAUUCAUCAUACACAUGCUAUGAAUGUGGUAUCCCAAAUGCCAAAUAGCUCUCAAUCUGUUCCGGUUCCUUCCUUAAUGUAUUCCGGUGGCUCUCCACUGCACCCAGAAAACACCAAUGACAUUGAUAAUUCUGUUCAAAGUGCUGUUAUGCGUGAACAGGAAAUUGCCACCCAAAAAGUCAUACAAAAUCAAAGAGAAGCGAGAUCUAUUGGUGAGCACAGGGAUAACACAGACCUUUUCUCUGGCAGUCAAGACCCCAAUACUUUAAAGGAGCAUUUACUGAAAAUUACUGCAGAGCAUCGUACUGAAAUGGCCUUGAAGCAUGGAAGGCCUGUGUCAAACAAAGAAGCAGUCAGUCCAUGCAAUUUUGGACGCGAUUUUCACUAUGGGUCAUCUGGAAACAGUCUCUUUGUGCUUUUGUACAGGGGCAAUAUGGAAAUUGGGAAUGGGUAUGGUGUUCCUGGUGGUGGUGCUUAUUAUGGUUCUCUGAAGACGAGCAUCAUUACCUCCAAUCCUGUCCUUGGCCAUUCAACAAAUGAGUCCAACCCAGAGUGCAGCGGGGGUUCUGGAUGUAAUUCUGCAACUAAAGAGUUGCCUGAAUUUCUCAAAAAGAAAUUGAGAGCUAGGGGUAUUCUGAAGGGCGAUCCAACCAUGGAUUAUACCCCGCCUUCCAAUAGAUCAGACAUGUUGCCAUCUCAGAAGAUGCUGCUUUCAGAAUUGCCUCCAGGGUGGAUUGAAGCCCAUGAUCCUGCAAGUGGUGUGGCGUACUAUUAUGAUGCAAAUACAGGAAAAAGUCAGUGGGAAAAGCCUAUACCUCCACAGAUUCCUGAAAAUUGGCAAGAGCUUGUUGAUGAAACAACAGGUCAAAAGUAUUACUAUAACACCUUGACCAAUGUAUCUCAAUGGGAGAACCCCUUUACCUUCAAGCAGACUGCCCUACAGUUGCAUGAUGCAAAUACAACUACAAAUAUGGGGCAACAGUCAUCCAUAUUGCCAAAGUGCAAGGGAUGUGGUGGAUGGGGCGUGUCCCUUGUGCAAUCAUGGGGGUACUGCAGACACUGCACCAGAGUUCUUAACCUUCCCCAGAGUCAGUAUCUGUUGGAAAAUGCUGAAAGCAAACAGCACACAAAUGCUUCAGGCCCAAAGGAAGAUUCUGAGAAGAAAUUUCAGAAGCAGAGGUCUAGUUUCAAACCACCCACAGGAAAAGGUGAUCGGCGAGACAACCGCAAGCGUACACACUCUGAGGAUGAAGACUUGGAUCCUAUGGAUCCAAGCUCUUACUCAGAUGCCCCCAGGGGUGGUUGGCAGGGUUGUAGGACUAAAAGGAGUGCAACCACGGGCAGCCGACACAACUGCCACUGGUCCGCUCUUUCAACAGCGACCGUACCCAUCGCCUGGAGCGGUAUUGCGGAAAAAUGCUGAAAUUGCAUCAUCACAAAAGAAAACGCCUAAAUCGCAUAAUAUGAUGGCCGCAAUAUCAAAGAGAGGUGAUGGUAGUGAUGGACUGGGGGAGGCUGAUUGAGCAGUCUUGUACUCUUGUGUGAAACUUGUUUGCUAACAUCCGUCUGGAAUUAAUUUAUACGGAGUAGUUACUACAUAACCUUGUGUAAAUUAAUGCUGACAUCCAGUCCUGCAUAUGACACCACACCAAAAAAAAACUUUUUUAUUAUAUUAUUAGUGCAAAUUUAAUUUGUUACUAUCCCUACUAAAUAAAAUUUUGAUGGAGUCCGAUCCAGACAUGAACUGAGACAGUUUUUAUACAGAAAACUGGGCCGACCAGUGGUUCUGGUAAUCUGGUUAUUGGGAAUGUUUGGGUCUGGUUCCAACAUCCAAAUAGGCCCAGACCAGCUACUUUAAUUUUUUAAUUUAAAGGGAAAUUCUAUGCACGGGUCUCCAAAUUACUAAUUACGGCCUUCAAAUUAAAUAUUAAGAAAUAAAUUUAUUUUGAAUAUCUAAUUUGCCCUUGUAAUAAUAGUACGGCAGUACACCUCCAUACAAUUUUAUGAAGCCUCCAUGACUCCAUCCACACUAUCGCAAGUCUUUAGAUCUAUUUCACAGAUUGUUAAGUGACGAUGUGUUUUUACAUUUCUUAAUCCAUUUAAUCAUUUAUUACUUUUUGGUGCGUACACAAACACGCAUACAACUUAUAUAUAUAUAUACGGAGUAUAUACAGGGGCGGACCCAGGAAAUUCAUCUUGGGAGGGCGGUAGUUCAAACAAAAAAAUUCUCUAGGGGUUGAAAAUUAUUUUUCGUAUAUAUAUACACUAAAAAUUUGUUGUUGGAGGGGCGGUAGCCUCCUUGAGU